CACAAAUGAAUGAUAAGAUUGCACCAGCCUUUACUUACAUAUAAACGAAAGAUACGUAUCAGUCUUUUUCGAAGUCCCAGUUGUAUCAGACCUAAAGAUGCGAGGUUGCAGGUGGGUUAACCGAAGUGCAGGGCAAAGUGUACCUUCGACCGCUAUUACCGGAGGUCGCGACAUAGAUGGAUGUGCCAUCUAUGUUGGAAGAGCUUUUCACAUGGGGGAUAUGCUUCCGGCGAAAGUGAUCCCUGAGAAACAAGUCGCCUAUGUGUGCCACAAUGGCGAAGAGCACGCGAAAUACGACUUCGAGGUUUUGUGCCCAGGAGAGUUCGGGUGGGAGUUCGCCAGCAACGGAAGUAUCCCAAAGGACGCGGUGGUCGUAGGGCAGACCUCUGAUGGAGAAUCUCUGUAUGCUGGUCGUGUCCUCCAUAAUGGAUCCCAAACAGUUGGCAAGGUUCAACCAAGCCACGGUUGCUUGUACAUCCCCUUCAACGGUGAAGAACUGUCCUUCAGAGACUACGAAGUGCUCGUAAUUCAUUAAAUAUCGUAAAACCAAGAUCAUCAUCGAUCUUCUGGUCGUGUCCAAUGCAUAAUUGACAUUUUUAUCAAAAUUGUAUACGAAAAAGCCAUUUGUCAAAACACAAAGAGAAAGGAAAAUAAAGUAUCGUUU